AAGCAGUCAGCGGGAAUUUGAGAUUUUAGGGAAGAAAGUGGGCUUUGCCCUGUCUCCUUCCCCCGGGUUUCAAAAUCCCCAUUAAAAAGAAAAACAGCAGUUACAACAAACUUGCUCUCAUCCCGCCGGCCCCCUCAACUCCCGGCACCAUGAAGGCGGCCGUCGAUCUCAAGCCGACUCUCACCAUCAUCAAGACAGAAAAAGUGGAUCUGGAGCUUUUUCCCUCCCCGGAUAUGGAAUGUGCAGAUGUUCCACUGUUAACUCCAAGCAGCAAAGAAAUGAUGUCCCAAGCAUUGAAAGCUACUUUCAGUGGUUUCACAAAAGAACAGCAGCGACUGGGAAUCCCAAAAGAUCCCCGGCAGUGGACAGAAACCCAUGUUCGGGAUUGGGUGAUGUGGGCUGUGAAUGAGUUCAGCCUGAAAGGUGUAGACUUUCAGAAGUUCUGUAUGAACGGAGCGGCAUUGUGUGCCCUGGGUAAAGAAUGCUUCCUUGAGCUGGCUCCAGACUUUGUUGGGGACAUCCUGUGGGAGCAUCUAGAGAUCCUGCAGAAAGAGGAUGUGAAACCAUAUCAGGUUAAUGGAGUCAACCCUACCUAUCCAGAAUCCCGUUAUACCUCGGAUUACUUCAUUAGCUAUGGUAUCGAGCAUGCUCAGUGUGUUCCUCCCUCAGAGUUCUCAGAGCCCAGCUUCAUCACAGAGUCCUAUCAGACGCUGCAUCCCAUCAGCUCAGAGGAACUCCUGUCCCUCAAGUAUGAGAACGACUACCCUUCCGUCAUUCUCCGGGACCCUCUUCAGACAGACACCUUGCAGACAGACUACUUUGCCAUCAAGCAAGAAGUGUUAACUCCAGACAACAUGUGCAUGGGGAGAGCCAGUCGUGGCAGCGGGCCAAUCCAGCUGUGGCAGUUUCUUCUGGAAUUACUCACUGAUAAGUCUUGCCAAUCUUUCAUCAGCUGGACAGGAGAUGGCUGGGAAUUCAAGCUUUCUGACCCAGAUGAGGUGGCCAGGAGAUGGGGAAAGAGGAAAAACAAACCCAAGAUGAAUUACGAGAAACUGAGCCGUGGCCUUCGCUACUAUUAUGACAAAAAUAUCAUCCACAAGACGGCGGGUAAGCGCUAUGUGUACCGCUUCGUCUGUGACCUGCAAAGCCUUCUGGGAUACACCCCUGAGGAGCUGCAUGCCAUGCUGGAUGUGAAGCCAGAUGCUGACGAGUGAUGGACACAGGAAGGACUGGGGGAACCCUGCUGAGACCUUUCAAAGGACUGUGUUGGCUGGACUCUUAAGUUUUAAUUGUUAUUCUAUGUUUUAUUUUCCAGAACUCAAUUUUCACAUUCAGGGGUGGGAGCUAAGGGAGCUGCAGCUGUAUUGGCCAUUGGUGAGGCUGAAAGAGAAAGGCAGGACCUCUGGGGUGGGUGGGGCAACAAGUUCCUGAGCAGAUUUUUCAGGAGAGAAAUAAAGGUCUUCUGGGAAGCGUGGUGAACCUGGCUUUUGAGGAGGAAGAAACAAAUGUAAGAAAAAAAGCCCAUCAUCAGUUAUGGAUCUAAUAGCAGGAGGACUUGUCACAUCAUGAGUAAUAAGAUUGAUGAGAAUCAAUCAAUUUGGAGGGUGGGAUAAAAACAUUUUCUUCAGGGGAUUACUAAAAAGAAGAAUUAUUAACCUUUCUACUUUUUGAAACAAAGAUGGACUUCAAUGGAAGGGGUCCAAAAGUGUUUUUACGUUAAAGUUUAUUUUAUUAAAUUUUGUGCCAGUAUUUUUUUUUCUUACAAAAUUGUCUUAAGCUCUAAGGUGGUCUCAGUAUUGCAGUAUUGUGAGUUGUUCUUAUCUGCUGGUUGAGGAUUCUGUCACAGUGAAAGGCAACUGUUUAUAUAGACCCCAUCGGAAAAUCAAAGCUAUGUGCUGAGAUCAGAGACCCCAAACUCACCUGACUUAUAGCUGAAGGAAAUGAAUGCUGAUUCGGGAGCAGUGGAACUGUGCAUGUGAAUUCUACCUGCAGUUUGUAUAAAAUAUUCACAUCCCUUUACUUGUCAUUUAGAGGACUGUCAGGCUUUGGGCUUAGUGUUACUUAAGGGGCCUUAAGUCUUUGCACUGAAUGUAUUUUGCAGCUCUGAUUUGGGACUGUUGUCAGCAUAGGGACACUGUUAAAAGUCUUGGGAAGGAAACUGAAGGAAGAAGAUUAACCUGGCUUUUGAUUAAAUCUCUACCUGAGACAUAGAUGACUCAGAAUAAAAGUGGUUUGCAUGGGCAUUACCCCUCAGGUCGUAAGUAAACCCCAAAUGCAUGCCAUCCCAAAUGAACACUCUACAAUUUCUCUUCUAUGUCUUAUUUUCCUAGCAUCCCACAUGGUUGACCCCCCUACUCCAAUCUCAUUGUUCAGUAGAGUGGAAUGUAAUGCUUUCUGAUAGGUGAGUGGAAGUGUAAUUUUAGACAUCAAGACAUGAAUCAAAGUACAGACUUGCUAGUCUCAGAGGUCAUGGAAAUUCAGACAGUGUUUCAGUAACAGGUGACUUGGCCUUCUUUGGGAAGGGACAGGAGCUUGUCAGGGAGGACUUGGGUGAUGCUGUUUGCAGAGGAAGUGGUAGAGAGAGCUGGAACCUGGAGCUUGACCUGUUAUCUUGGUAGAAGUGAAAGUCAACUGCAGAUGAGAAGAAUGACUUCAAGGAGUGAAUACAAGAGAAGGAGCUUGGUGAGGAGAAUAAGGUGGUCCAUGGUAUUUAAAUAUGUUUUUAGUUCCCUCAAAGCUUAAAUACGAAGAGUUAAUUGAGGCAGUCAUCUUCCUGUCAGUUGGAAGGGGAGACCUGAAAAGAAUGUAUUGAGAGUAAAAACAAAACAAGGAGAGUCCUGGUAGCAUUAGGACCCCUACCACUGUAUACUUGCUUGGUUAAGACAAUGAUAGUGGAUGUCAUGAGAGAAAAGAGUCAGUUGAUUGAAGUGGGCAUCUCCAGGCUGGCCCUUUUGGGGAUUUUGCUAAGAAAAUGAAAAUUGUAACUACCUUGUAUCAUCUUUGUGAGAUUUGAUGGCUGACUCUCAGAUUCCCUCGAAGACCCUGAAUCACUAAGAACAUAACUCUUGUCCAUGGAUGUUCUGUACUGAUUGAGUGGAGCAUCCACACAAGGAAGUGAAGGCAAAACAUCCCAGCUAUAUAUUUUGAUCUUACAGAUGCAGGUGCCUUAAUAAAGCUCUCAAAAUAUUUAGGAGCUGCUCAGGGAGUAUUAGGUGGGAUCAUUUGGAUUAUGUUGUUUUAUAUUAUGUGAUCUUUGUUGGGCACUGGCAGUGUGUGUGUGUGUGUGUGUGGGUGUGGGUGUGUGUGUGUGUGUGUGUAUCUGUGUGUUCUUGUGUAAAACUGCAGCUGAAAUAAUACUGAAUUUUCUACUUAGGUCUGUCCACAUUUCUAAUGAUGAAAGAGUACAGCCAGGGCCGAUAUCAUUGCUUGCUGUUUGUAACAGGGCUUUAAACAAUUAUUUUCCCAAAUAAUCCUCCUCUCCUAUUCAAUUCAUGCUGAGAAAUCCCCUACUGUGAGUCUAUUACCUGCAGUCCCCAUGGCAGAUGAGAUGUGAGAAAGUGCCUCCUUGCACCUCUCAGCUCGCUGACUUGCCAAGCUGCCCUUUCUCCCCAGGUCCACCAUUUUCAGGAUUUGUAGAUAGUAUGUUAGGCAGACAGCUAUGUUGUCCAUCUGGCCAGAUGCUCUUUCUCCUUUUGUCCAAAGGCCAGAGACCAUCCUAGGAAGAGUGGUGGGUGGUUUAUACACUGGAAAUGUAGCAGCAUUGUUGCAUUGAUGCUCUUUAAAAACACGUUAACUUCAGAGGAAGGAUGAACAAAUCUGAUCUAGCUGGGUGACACUCUUGUUUUCCCAGAGAGACGCAUUAACCUGUGUGUGGCUUUUGACUCAGAGUCCAGGAGGAGGGGAGCUCCCUACAUGGAGCUCUAGUUUUGUGGCCGUGGAGAUUGGUAGAAGCAUUUCUAGAUCAGAGGCGCUCUUCCUCACUUUGGAGACCAACACUCUGGGUUUUAAAGCAUUAACCUUCGUGGUGAAAUCACACCUUCUCUCUUCCAGUCAUGCUGUGCAUGCUGCUUUCUGUGUUGGGGUCUAUAUAAAUUUGUUGAACUCUUACAUACAUUCCAAAGACGUUUCAUGGAACCACAAGUAUAUGUAUACAAAUACAUAUAUGAAGUAUAUAUGUUAAAAUGAAAUUAUCAGGAAUACUGCCUCAGUUAUUGAAUUUUUUUUAAAAGAAUACUUUUUUUUAAGCUGAGAAUUAUUGGGGUGAAAAGAUGUUAUAUUGUGUUUGACUAUUUUCCAACUUGUAUUUUCAUAUAAUUUAUAUUUUUUAAAUGCUGAAAAUUUAAAAGCGAGAUUUAAAAAGGAAAGCAGGUGCUUUUUACCAAUCAGAACUGAGGUAGCUUAGAGAUGUAGCGUGUGAGUGUCUAUAUGGUUUUUUUUUUUAAAAACAAAUGCAAAAAAAUUCUUAUGGGGGAGUUUUUUGUUGUUUCUUUUAGUAGCUGAUGCUGGCACAUCAUUUUGCUGGAAAGUUUUUUAUAUACUGUAGCCUGAUUUCAUAUUGUAUUUUAAACUGUGUGAAAUUAAAGAAACAAAGAAAUUCAUUCAUAA